CUGUGUUUUCAGGGUCUUAAACAAAAGAGAGGAUUUGAUCCUGUACUCGUUCAUUUCUAUGAGCAAAGAGGAAUGACCAGUGCAAGUGGUAAAGAUCCAUUGGUACAAGAAGCAGCAAAACAGACUGGAAAAUCAGUUGACCAAGUUAAGAAUUUUAUCAGCAGUUACCGCAGGAGUAAGGGGCUUCAACGUAAACGGAAAUCACCAGCAGAAGAUUCAAGCAUCGCAGUAGCCAAAAAGAGUAGUCUCACCGCUGAAAAGACGAACAUGCUGGAAUCUGAGUCAGCAAGUCACAGUGCAGCAAGUGUCUCUUGUCAGGGGCUGAAUAUUGCAACAGCUACAGAAGACCAUGGGAGGGAAGAGAAGAGCACAGACAACAGAGACACGGUGAAAGUUAAACAAGAGUUCGUGGAGGGAGCCAGCCCUUAUCCUGCAAGUAGCUCUUUGUCCCUCCACACGGCAACCUUGGCUAGUAAACAUGGACCUGCAGUAGGUGUAAUGGCAGCUGGUGCGAGUGUGACUGCACAGACUGACCGGGGUGCCCCAAACGUUGUCGUGCAACAGCAUGUACACCAUCACCUGUACUAUCAUGUAAGAUUUCACCUUUAUGACUUUUCGAUGACAAAUUUACAUCAUGUUGCCAUCCUUUACCUGUGUGUUCUACAGGAAAGCAGUACUCAACAAGCUGACGUGAGACGACAUACAGAAACAAUAGCGUCACAAGGUGCCGGUGAAGCUGUGAAGGGCAAAAACUUUCAAGAGCUGGGCGGCCAACGUCGUCCCAAGUCCGUGGAAGUAUUGCAGCUACACGAACCUGAGAAAGGCACAAAGAAAACGGGAAGCACUGGGCAGAAGAGAGCAUUUGAUCCUGUACUUGUCCAGUUUUACGAGGAACGAGGAAUGACCACAGCUAGCAUCAAAGAUCCAUUGCUGCACGAAGCUGCAAAACAGACUGGGAAAACUGUUGCCCAGGUUGCGAGAUUCAUUGGCAAUUAUCGCUGGAGCAAGGGAGAAAGCAAACAGAAACCACCGACAAAUGUUUCAAGCGAUACGGCGAAGAAUGAGAGUACCUCCACAGGAAAGAGCACCUCGGCCGAUCUAACCAGUCCUGCUGCAGCAAGCUCCUCUCGUCCGAUGCUAAAUACUGGAUCAAUCAGAGAUCAGAAAGAGAGGGAGAGGAAAGAAGAGGCAUUACGAGGAGCGGCAGAGAAAGGCCAGACUACCAGGGUCAUACAGCUGUUAGCAGAGGGGAUCAAUCCUAAUGCUGCUGGCCGCCGUUUGCAAAACACUCCCCUGCAUCUGUCAGCCGAGAAUGACCACCAUGAAACUGUAUCAACUUUACUGAAAGCCGGCGCAGAUACAACCAUCAGGGACAAAUGGCUAAGGACUGCCCUGCACUUGGCAGCCCGGAAUGGUCACCUUAGAACCCUGUCAGCUUUGUUGGCAGCCAAUGCAGACGUGAAUGCGCGGAACGAUAAGCUAAGAACUCCCCUGCAUGUGGCAGCCAUGAAUGGCCACCCUGAAACAGUAACAGCUUUACACACAGCCGGUGCAGAUGUGAACAUAUGGGAUGAUGAGCAAAAGACCCCCUUGCACCUGGCAACAGAGAAUAUGUGCCAUGAAGCUGUAUCAGCGUUACUGACAGCUGGUGCAGAUGUGAACACAUGGGACGAUGAGCAAAUCACUCCCCUGCACAUGGCAGCAAGGGCUGGCGACCAUGAAACUGUGUCAGCUUUACUGAAAUCUGGAUCAGAUGUGACUGCACGGGACAAGCAGGGCAACACCCCUCUUGGAGAUGCGGAACAACGAGGUCAUCACGAAUGCGUCAAAAUACUGCAGCAACACGGGGUUGACAGAAAUGAGGAGGCUCCUCGGCGAAAAGGGGGGAUUGAUCCUGUACUCAUCCAGUUCUACGAAGAACGAGGAAUGACUUCUGCUAGUAUCAAAGAUCCCUUGGUGCAAGAAGCUGCAAAAAAGACUGGGAAAACUAUUACACAAGUUGUGAAUUUCGUCAGCAACUACCGCAGGAAAAAGGGAGUGACCAAACAGAGACCACCGGCAGACGGUUCAGGGAAGACAACCACUUCAGAUACAGCACGUGCCGCUGUGCAGGUUCCGAAUGUAGGGUCAGCUAUGGAUGAAAACGAACGCCAAAGGAAAGAAAAGGUAUUCUUGUGGUUCAGAUUGCAAAAUGAAAUGGCAGAACAGUUUAAGGGUAACCAGUUUCUGUAUUACACACAUGUAAUAAUGCAUUUAUAUAUUUUUACUACAAUUCUAAUUUGUUGAUGAGCUGCAG